AUGUCGGCAUCCAUCGAUGUAGAUUCGGACCGUGACGAAGCUGACAAGGAAGAGUGCCCAGGCUGGGAGAAUGGUGCAGCGGGGCGGCUUGAACCCUGUGGAGGUUCCCCGCAGAAGCGCUUGAGGAUUGCUCCUGCAGUUGUUGCUGCUCCUGCAGCUGUGGUCUGCACAUCCGUGGAGGCGGUGUACAUGGUACCGGCGGGUCGAGAGCGUGCAGUAGUGACGUUGACAGCUGCAGUGAUAGAUCUCGGGUUUUUCAAGACUUUGAAUGGGUCCAAAAAAGGGAAUGUGCGACAUGUGAUUCCAAUGGUUUUGGCUUCGUCUGGAAUGGCCAUUGCUACGUCUUUGUGGAGCCCAGUGGCAGAGAAAUGUGCCGAGUCCCUGCAGAAAGCAAUGGAGCAAGCAGACUUCCCAUAUGUGGAGGUCAGCCACCUGGAGCGUGUCGAGGUGCCAUCAACUUGUGGCACGGUCUUCAAACUGCAGAGCACGAAGGCCACUACUCUGAAGAUCCUGUACCAUGGUCCCCUUGUCAUGAAACCAAUGCGUGAUUUGAUGACCGUAGCCUUCAAAGAUCUGAGUGAAGAGGGAUUGACGGCCAACAUAUUGGGAGUGGUACGAUCAGCAGGUGAAUUGCGUACCACUCGGAAUGGCAUUGGGAUGCGUUCCUAUGAGCUGCAAGAUGAAGCGGGCGUUGUGCUUCCGGUGACCGUCCAUGGCUCGCAAGCAGACGAUCUCUAUGCUCGAAAUACGUUGCUCGCCAUCUUCUCUGUGGUCACCCAGGCUAGCCUGACUCCAGGGGAGGGCGGAUCUGCAUGGGUCUAUGAUGACCAUAUCAUUGUGAAAUGUGGAUCAGUGAUGCGUCUCGCAGAUAUGACAUCUCGGGUUGACAUAAUGUGA